UGGUGAGCCUCCAAAAAGACACUCUAUCAUGGAGCCAUGGGUAUAUCUAGACCAGCGUCAGAAAGCUCUGUAUCGAGAUGUUAUGCAAGAAAGCUAUGAGACCCUAAUGUCUCUUGGGAAGCGGGGACUGAAGCCUCAUCUGAUGGCAGAGAGCAGGAGAGCAAGAAUAGCUGCCCAGGAAGCUCUUUUCCGGCUGCUCGCUGAUCCUGCUAAUCAAUUGCUGAACAACAAUAACCAUGAUGAUGAGGAGGAGGAGGAGGAGGAAGAGGAGUCUGAAGGCCCGGAAGAGUUGCGGCCAGGUACGUCUCAAAGCGCACCCAGAAGGGUCAAGCCCUUGACGAGACGGGUAACUCCCAAGCAGCCAAAGAUCAUUCCAGUGGUGAAGAAGGAUAAAGCCACCCAGCGUGGUCACGCACUGAAAAAGAGUCUUGAGAGACGUUGCUCAGAUUGUACGAGGACCCUCCAUUCCAGUGGCAGAGGCCGCCAGCGGAGUGAAGCGAACGCUGCUCGGGAGAAGCCAUUCCAGUGCACCGAUUGUGGGAAAUGCUUCAUAUGGAGCUCCCACCUGGAGCGCCACAGGCGGAUGCACACCGGGGAAAAGCCCUUCAAAUGCCUCAACUGCGGGGAAGCCUAUAGCCAGAAUUUUCACCUCUUGCAGCACAGCUGUGCCCAGCUGAUUGAAAAGCCCUUCAAGUGUCCUGAGUGUGGGAAACGCUUUGCCCAGAGCUCAGCCCUGGAGAAUCAUCAGAAGGGCCAUACAGCAGAGAAGCCCCACAAGUGCUCUGACUGUGGGAAAUGCUUCAUCUGGGCUUCCCAUCUCGAGCGGCACCGGCGGGUCCAUACCGGAGAGAGGCCUUUCAAGUGCCCUGAGUGCGGAGAGUCGUAUAGCCAGAGUGCACAUUUGGCCAAGCAUCGGCGUAACCAUAUGGGCGAGCGCCCUUACAACUGCCCUGCCUGCUGGAGAAGCUUUGCUCAGAUCUCUGAGCUGGAGGAACACAAGAAGACCCAUCUGGGCUGUGAGGACUGUGGCAAGGUCUACCGGAGUCGGCAGACCCUGAUGCGACACCAGCGGGGACACCACCGUGAACGCACCCAUCUUUGUGAAGAAUGUGGGAAAGGGUUUGUGUGGGCCUCCCACCUUGAGCGCCACCGUCGGGUGCACACUGGGGAACGCCCAUUCCCCUGCCCCAUCUGCGGGGAGAAGUUUGCCCAGAAGGUCCAUCUCCUUCAUCACAACAAGACUCACUCUCAUGCCCGGCCAUAUAAAUGUGGGGACUGUGACAAAUGCUUUGGGGACAGUUCUGCUUUCCUAGCUCAUCAGCGGGGUCAUGCCAUGGAGAAGAACCACAAGUGCCAGUAUUGCUCCAAAAGCUUUGCCUGGAGCUCCCACUUGGAAAGGCAUCAGCGUAUCCACACAGGAGAGAAACCCUACAAAUGCCCCGAUUGCCCUGAGCACUUUAGCCAGACUUCCCAGCUCUUCAAGCAUCAGCGCAGUCACCUAGGCAAGAGGCCGUACAAGUGCAGUGAAUGUGGGCGCAGCUUCAGCACCACCCUGGAAGUCAUCAUCCAUCAGCGGACCCACUUUGGGGCCAAGCCCUUCCGGUGCUCCAGCUGUGGGAAGGGGUUCACCCGUCGAGCCAACCUGCUCAAGCAUCAAAGGAGUCAUGUUAAGGAGUCCCCUAAGGAACAUUUAAUUGAACCGAAAUGUGAAGGGAUAGGUUCUCCGGUAUUUAACAAUCGAGAAUCCAUGCAAGAGAAGGCUGUUGCAAUGUUCUGAGGUGGUGGAAACUCCAGUACUUGCUCAGCAAUUGCAACAGGACCAGGUGCUAUGAACAUGGAGGAGAGAGGAAUGUUUUAGGAAUCACCCAGGACAGUUGGAAGCUCACAGAAAAGUCUUGGUGGAGAAGUAUGGCAGACACCAGCACAUGAAAGAAGAUCUGUCAAGGUGACAAUAAUAACCAUGUCCAUUGGUAAUGAGGAUCCUGAUGUAGAGUCCAUGUGGAUGACUUUAUUUCACAUUUAGUUGAUACUGUACAUAUAAAUAUGCCCCAAAUUUGGGGAAAGAGCUUUAUUUACUGUUCAUCUUUACCUUAUACAUUGGAAGCCUUGCCUUGGAUAGACCAAUUCUCUACCCCCACAAUCCUUUUUAUUUUGAAACUCUGGAUAAUGAAGCUUUAACAAAUGCUGAAGACUGACCUCCAGACCUUAAUAUGCCUGACUGAGACUUUAAUAAAUGCUGUGGAAGUCUGCAUGGGGGGCUGAAAAUGAACAUUUUUAAGCCUCUUGAAUGUGGAGAAAAAGCUUUAUUGACUUAUCUUAAAGAACCUAGACAUCUGAGGCCCUGUGCUGGCCAGUUGUAUUUUAGUGAAUAUCAUAAAGAUUAGAUGGUACUGUAGUACCUGAAUAUCCAGAGACUUAAUAUCAAACUGUUGCAUUCUUGAUACACUGUGGGGGGCUACAUGGGCAAAUCCCUCCCUAUUUUAUUUUUUCUUGGUUCUUGGAAUCCUAGCUGUUUAGUUUCUGCUUAACUAGUUUGGAGAGAAGAUGUCAUCCACACCCAGAAAUACCUGGAUUUCUUUUCCAACAUUAACUAGAGAAUGGAAACACUUGACCCUUCUUUAGCAGUUGGGAGUGUUGGCUUAAUGAGCCCCAGUCCACCUGGAUACAUUUGGUUUUGGUGCUUUAACCUUGGGAGUUCUUGACAGAUUGGUCACAGGGGUUCACAUGCAGGGAAGUGGGAUGGGUUAACCAAGGGAACCAUGGGGGAAGUCAGCACAGUUGGGGAUGAGAAUGCCAAAGGGUGCAGCGUAUGGAAGGAAGGAAAUAGAUAGGUUCCAAAAAGAUCCAGAUAUGGGAAUGAGGAACACAUUUGUGGAUAGUCUACGGAUGGUGGAAGAAGUUCAGAGGUGCCAGUCUUUUGUUUUUCAAGAAGGUUAGAAGCUGGUUUCAGGCACUGAUCCUGUGUCAGCUGUGUAAUUUUUGUUUCAGAAUUAUGAGUGACAUUUAUGAAGGGCAUAUCCAGGAGACCUUGACAAACACCACCUUGUGCUAUAAAAAGGAAAGGAAAAAGGAUUCCCAGAAAUCUUGGAUUGUGCAAGUGUAAGAGGAAAAGAAAGCAGAAGAUGAGUUUAAUCUGGAGAAAAGCAGGCUAGAAGUGUAGUGAAAGCGGCACAAAACUCAAUGGGAGGGAGGGAAGAGCUGUGCAGGGUUAAGCUCUAGGAUUUACCACUGAAGCAUGAUGUCACUGCGGUUGGGGAGGAGAGAUGGAAAAAGGCCUUGCUGAAACAUGAAGUAGCUUGGAGUUUGAGAGAACUUGCUUGGGAAGAUAGGUGAGGGCUUACUGCUCACUGAGGCUAUGGAAAGUGGAACUCUGUGCAUCAGGGAGGACUAUAGGCAUGGAGGAUGGAUUGGAGGGUUCUCAACCAAAUCCACCCUUGAGUUCUGAUGGCUGGCGAAGGCUACCCUAAGUCUGUAAGGCUACGAUGAAAAUGGAGAGAGGGUUGUCUUCCCAGUUGCUGAAGUUGUGAAUUGUUAUUUACCCAGCUGCUGUACUUUCCUCAGAUCCUACCUCAGAUUCGUGUUCUAGAUGACAGGCUGGAAGAAUCCAUCUUGCCCUGCACCCUCCGUGGCAUGCUGACAGAAGAGAUGCCCAAAGUGGGAUGGAAGCCUGACCCUGGGGAGAGUUCAGUUUACUGUAAACAUGCUGCGAUUCUGCACGUUGGGGCACUCACUUCCACAACACUCUUUGAAACACCAAAUCAGAGGAUUAAUGUAGAUGGAUGAGCCCUGGUGUUUUAGUAUAAGGUCUCUGUAACCCAGUCUGUUUCUGUCUAUGCUUCCCAAACAAUUUCCUUUGUUAUGCUAUCACGUUUCCUUCAGAGGUUUAUUUGCUUUAUUGCUUUUGGGGUACCUGUUUGACAUCAUAUGCUUCUCCUGAUUUUGUUCUUGUCCCCUUCCCCAAAACCUUAUUUGUUUUUGUCUAAAGCAAGCAUCUUUCUGUUUUAGGACUUCUUUUCCCAAAUGACUAAUAGAGAUAAAAGAGUUUCUAAUAUCUGAUUUUCUUUGUUGAUGGUUAGGAGUAAUCAAGUAAAAAAAAAAUUGUA